UAAACUAAGGAGAACAAGUCGCCAUUUUAUCGAGCUUGUCCUCUGUGUUGGAGUUAUUACGCAGUUGUUUUGGGCAACACGUAUCACUCUCUGUGUACGUUAUUUUUCCUCUGUUAACAAGGUUAGCCUUUGAACAAAUUUCAGAUCACCAUGAGCGACGUUGAGGAUUCACACUUCGAUGGAAGAGGAUCCCGUUCUCCAUCGAAAUCUGAUUGUGGCAGCCCAGUGCGUGUGAAGUCUGAGAGUCGGUCUGCGUCUGGUAGUCCUUCAAGAGCUUCAAAACGAUCCGAGUCCAGGUCAAGAUCAAGGUCCAAAUCAAGGUCGCGCUCUAGGAAGCAUUCUCACAGGAGGUAUUCACGCUCAAGGUCCCGCUCACACUCGCACAGGAAGAAAUCCAGGAGCCGCUCUUACUCGCCGGAAUGCCGUCGCAAGAAGAGCCGGAGCACCUCCCCAAUGUCAAAUCGCCGCAGACAUGCAGGCAGCAGGACAAGAUUCAGCAAUGACAUCAAAAAAGAGGCAAGCAAUCAUAGUGAUGCCAGGCUUUUCCACCAGGCAAAUCCUGACCCAAACACCUGUCUUGGAGUGUUUGGGUUAAGCCUGUACACAACUGAGAGGGACCUGCGUGAAGUCUUUUCCCGGUACGGACCACUGGCUGGCGUGAAUGUUGUCUAUGAUCAGAGAACAGGACGGUCAAGAGGAUUUUCAUUUGUGUACUUCGAAAGAAUUGAUGAUGCCAAAGAGGCAAUGGAACGUGCCAAUGGAAUGGAGCUUGACGGAAGGCGGAUACGUGUAGAUUACUCCAUUACCAAACGGGCCCACACUCCUACUCCUGGCAUUUACAUGGGAAGGCCAACUCACAGCAGCGGUGGGAGCAGUGGUGGUGGUGGCAGCAGCGGUAGUAGUAGUGGAGGACGUCGCCGUGAUUCCUAUUACGACCGAGGAGGCUACGACCGAGGAGGCUACGACCGAGGAGGCUAUGACCGAUACGACGAGUACGAUAACAGAUACAGUCGGAGGCGAUCUCCGUCUCCUUAUUACAGUAGAUGCAGAUCCCGUUCUAGAUCUCGUUCCUACAGUCCUCGACGUUACUAAAGAGGAUAGAUUCAGCUUGGGAGAUUUAUUGUUGAUCCUCCUGGAAGGUUGAACUUUUUGUUGUGAACUACUAAUGACAUUGUAAAGUUUGAGUUCUAGAAAACGAUCAUUUUUUUUUUUUUUUUUUUAAAUCUGAUUUAUAGUCAAUUUAAAUGUAUGAUUGCCAGAAAGGUCAUGUUUUUUGUUUUAAGAUUUUUUUCUUAGUCAGGUUAUGAUCAUAAUGCAUUUAGUUGCAUUUACUGUUUUUUCUGCAUAUUUGUAAAACACAUUGAAAAAAUAUCAUGCAGAAUAAAAAGCUAUAAACUGCUACAUUUUCUAUUCCUUGAUUUCUAAGUUAAAUUUACGAGUUGGAAAGUUUUAUGUAUUGUGACAUUCUUUUUUUUUUUUUAAUGUUACUCCUUGCAACUUAUGGGCAUGUGAACAUAGGAUUUAACUUACUAAUGGUAGCAGUUAUCAGCACAAAUAUUGUCAUGUUAAAUAAAUGUAUACAUUUCAGUGUCAACUUGGAUGUGCUAAAAGGAAAUUAUUUUGAUGGUAUAUUUUAUGGAUUUAUGCUUGCUUGUUUGUUUGUUUUUUGUUUGCCAAAUAAACAUGGAAAACUAAAAA